UGGGAAGCAACACAGGGGCACGCAGGCUGGCAGAUAAGGGACUUUUUCUAGUAGUUGCAUACUGAGCUGUAUCAACGGGGACCAGUUAUGAUGCGGAACUGGCUCUAACCCCGCCUCAAGCUUCCAUUGGCUCAGUGUAUUGUACCUCGUAGUGCCCAACUCUAACCAAGAAGCGCAAAGCGCCCGGCCGGACGGGGACCCCAGCACUACUGUGCCGCUCACUCUCACAGACACGCUGCCACGCCCACAGCCCCCCACAUGACACACCAGGAUGCUUCCCCUGGCAAGGCUGGCUGGGCACCACCACCCACACACACACAGACAUGUGGACCCUGGGAGAUGAAGGAACGAUUGGGAACGGGAGGAUUUGGUUAUGUCCUGCGCUGGAUUCACCAGGAUACAGGAGAGCAGGUGGCUAUAAAGCAGUGCCGACAGGAGCUGAGCCCUAAGAACCGGGAGAGAUGGUGUCUGGAAAUCCAGAUCAUGAAAAAGUUAAAUCAUCCCAAUGUAGUCUCUGCCCGUGAAGUUCCUGAUGGGCUACAGAAGCUGGCCCCCAAUGACCUCCCCCUUCUGGCUAUGGAAUACUGUGAGGGGGGUGACCUGCGCAAGUAUCUGAAUCAGUUUGAGAAUUGCUGUGGCCUUAAGGAAGGACCGAUACGGACUCUGCUGAGUGACAUUUCCUCCGCCCUUCGAUACCUCCACGAGAACAGAAUCAUCCACAGAGAUCUGAAGCCUGAGAACAUUGUUCUGCAGCCAGGACCACAGAGAUUGAUCCAUAAAAUUAUUGAUUUGGGAUAUGCCAAGGAGCUUGAUCAGGGUAGUCUGUGCACAUCCUUUGUUGGUACCCUACAGUAUUUGGCCCCAGAAUUACUGGAGCAGAAGAAGUACACAGUGACUGUUGAUUACUGGAGUUUCGGGACCUUGGCCUUUGAAUGUAUAACAGGAUUCCGACCUUUCCUUCCAAACUGGCAACCAGUUCAAUGGCAUGGGAAAGUGCGAGAAAAAAGCAAUGAGCACAUUGUGGUAUAUGAUGACCUGACCGGAGCUGUGAAGUUCUCCAGUGUUUUACCAACUCCCAAUCAUCUUAGUGGCAUACUGGCUGGCAAGUUGGAGCGAUGGCUACAGUGUAUGUUAAUGUGGCACCAGAGGCAGAGAGGCACAGAUCCCCAGAACCCUAAUGUGGGUUGCUUCCAGGCCUUGGAUUCCAUCCUAAGGCUUAAGCUGCUGUCCGUAAUGAACAUGGUGUCUGGCCGUGUGCACACUUACCCAGUGACCGAGAAUGAAAACCUGCAGAAUCUGAAGAGUUGGCUGCAGCAAGACACAGGGAUUCCCGAGGAAGAGCAGGAACUAUUGCAGGCCUCAGGACUGGCCCUUAAUUCUGCCCAGCCUCUAACCCAAUAUGUGAUAGACUGCACGGUUAUUGAUGGGCGUCAGGGUGAGGGUGAUCUGAUAUUUCUUUUUGAUAACCGGAAGACUGUAUACGAACCUCAGAUAUCACUGCCGGCACACCCUGAGAGUGUCUCCAUUGUAUUGCAGGAUCCCAAGCGGCCCCUCACUUACACCCACCUCCGACGUGUGUGGGGGCAGAUCUGGCAGACAAUACGAGCACUGAAAGAGGAUUGUGCUCGUCUCCUUCAAGGGCAACGUACCUCUAUGGUAAACCUGCUGCGAUACAAUACCGAACUUUCAAAAAAAAAGAACUCAAUGACCUCUGAGUGUGAGCAGCUAAAGGCCAAACUGGAUUUCUUCCGGAGCAGUAUCCAGAUUGAUCUAGAAAAAUACAGCGAACAGAUGGAGUUUGGAAUCACUUCUGAAAAGCUCCUGUCAGCCUGGAGAGAGAUGGAGCAAGCAGUGGAAUUGUGUGGAAGGGAAAGGGAAGUGCAAGCUCUUGUGGAUAAAAUGAUGGCUUUACAAACGGACAGUGUAGAUCUGCAGAGAAAUCCACUAGGCAGGAAACAUCGGGGGACCCUGGAUGACCUAGAAGAGCAGGCUAGAGACCUAUAUCGGCGGCUACGAGAGCGACCUAGAGAUCAGAGGACGCCAGGUGACAGCAACGACAUGGUGCGCCUCCUAAUACUAGCCAUCCAGAGCUUCGAGAAGAGAGUCAUCCUUAUAUACGACCAACUCAGCAAGACUGUGGUGUGCAAGCGCAAAGCUCUGGAACUCUCCCCAAAGGUGAAAGAGGUGAUGAACCUAAUGCGAGAGGAUGAAAAGAUAGUGGUGAGGAGACAAGAGAAGAGACAGCAGGAGCUCUGGAACCUGCUAAAGAUUGCUUGUAGCAAAGUCCGCGGCCCUGUGAGUGGUAGCCCAGAUAGCUUGGGCACAUCUCGAAUGCCUGGCCCCAGCCAACUGCUUUCCCAGCCUCCUGUCCUCUCCGUCAGCCUAGCCCAAGAGUAUGUGAAGAAAAGUGAAGAUCUUCGGUCGGAAUCUUUGAAUCUGUGUAGCCAACUGGAAUCUUCAAUGAGGAGCUUUAUGAAGGAACAAGAUGGUAGUCUAAUGUCUUUAGAUUGGUCGUGGCUGUUGCAGCAAGAGGAAGAGUCGGGCGCAUCUCCCAUCACAACCUCGUGAGACACAGAAACGGCAGAUGUACUCGGCAGACAUUGGAACUGUGCCUUUAAAUCAUAUAUCUCUAGGAUUUGUACAGAAAACACACUUGAUCAUACCAACCAUUCUCUUGUCCUUUGUCUAGGGAUGCAACGAAUCCAGGAUUCGGUUUGGGAUUCGGCCUAUUUCAGCAGGAUUCGGAUUCGGGCAAAUCCUUCUGCCCGGACAAACCGAAUACUAAAAAUUAGGGGUGGGGAGGAAAAUCACAUGACUUUUUGUCACUAAAAAGAAAGUAAAAAUGUUUCCCCUUCCCACCCCUAAUUUGCAUAUGUAAAUUGGGGCGGGGAGGGAAAUCUUGUGACUUUUGUCACAAAACAAGGAAUAAUUGCAUAUGCAAAUUAAGAUUCGGUUCGGUAUUCGACUGAAUAUUUCGUGAAGGAUUCUGGGGUUCGUCCGAAUCCAAAAUAUUGGAUUUGGUGCAUCCCUACCUUUGUCACAGACAGUUACAGUUAUAUUAAACAUCUAAUCAGCCGAAUUCUGAGGCCUCAUACAAAUAACCUCGUGUGCAGCUCCUGAGUUUCGAAUCGCGGGGGGACAUUACAGACAAGAUCAGGGAAAAAAUUGCAGGGUAGGAUUGUAACAUAAUAUGUUUUAUAUAUCCACUUAUCAGAGUUUAUUCAUAUGUUUAACUUUUAUACAUGCCCAAACAUUUAAAACAAAACAGUUUGCCUGUGAAUAAAUAAGCUUUUAUCAAA